UUUCCUGUAAUUACAAAUACGUCGCUUCGCCCCAAAAAUUCGCAAAAUUAGCUCCAUUUUUGAAUAUAACCCCCCAAUCAACAACCCCUUGACUUCCACGACCCCUACCCUCUACAAACCGCACACCCCCCCAGCUCCUACAAUGUCAAACGUCAACCCAAAAUAACCAUCUAAUUUUAGCUAAAUCGCCUCUCUUCUCGAACCAACUAGAAAUUUCGACUCCCCCUACAUAUAAAUAGGUUCUGGAGGCAUGUCCCCCAGUUUAAAAUAAAACUAAACGUGUCGAAACAUCAUAACCUCAAACCCAAAAUGCCGGAGACAAGUGAGUCACUAAGGCGCAAAGAAGAAGGUAAUGAGGCCUUUAAAAACGGCGACUGGGACUCCGCCGUCGAGCUUUACACCGAAGCCAUCGAAGUACAUCACGGCGAAAACACGGACUUGGCAGUGUUUUAUAAAAAUAGGGCGGCGGCCUACUUGAAGUUGGAGAAGUACAAAGAAGCGAUCAGGGACUGCGACAGGAGUUUGGAGAUUGUGAAAAACGACCCGAAGGCGUUGUUCAGGCGGUGCCAGGCUUUGGAGAGUUUGGAGAGGUACGAAGAAGCGUAUCGAGAUGCCACCCAGAUUUUUAAAGAUGACCCGAAUAAUAAAGCCAUGCAGGGGGUGCUGGAGCGACUGCACAAAGUCGUGCAAGAUAGGGUCAAACAGAACGCUCAAACCAGCACUAAGUUGGAGAGCAUGGUGAAGAUAGCGUUUGAUUUGGAAGCCGAUAUAGAGAAACGGGAAACGGCGAUGAAGAAUUUAAUGGUGUUGGCGAGGGAGAACGCCGGGUCGAGUUUAAUGAUUAAGUCGCCGGUGGUUCAACAGAUUAAGAAGUUGUUGAAGGUGGAGAAGAACAGAGAAAUUUAUAUUACAGGUGUUCGUAUUAUUGGCGAGCUUUGCAAACACGACGUUGACAAGACUAGAGCAGUGAUGCGCGACGUGGGUAUCCCUUGGUUCCUGGAGAUCCUUGAUUCCACGUGCGAGACCCAAGUCAACGCCGCCCAGUUCUGUAUCCAACAAAUCCUGAAUAUCUUUUCCGGAAUGGACAACAAAACCGACACUAAACCCGAUCCCGAGCUUUGUACCAAGCACAAGCAGGAUAUUGACAUGGUCCUCACUUGUCUUGUCUACUCCAUCAAUAACCGGGUUAUUUCGGGCCUUGCCCGUGACGCUAUCAUUGAACUACUCAUCCGCAACAUCCACUACACCACCUUAAAUUGGGCUGAGCAGCUCGUCGAAAUUGGGGGCGUCGAGAGACUCCUCGACUGCGCCUCGGAACUCGAGGAAUGCAAAUACGAGAGCGCUAUGAACAUCACCCCAUCCACCCGCACCAUCGCCGCCGUCUGUCUAUCACGAAUCUUCGAGAACAUGUACUACGACGAAGCGAAAGAGAAGUUCAUGGGGAAAAUCGAGAGUUUUCUAAAAGACAAGCUUUUGAAUCCUGAAAUCGAGUCAAAAGUGAGGGUCACCGUGGCCAUUACGACGUUGCUACGGGGGCCCAUCGACGUGGGGAACGCCAUAAUCGCGAAAGAGGGGAUCAUUGAGAUGAUCCUGGUGAUGGCGAACACGGAGGACGUUCUUCAGCAGAAGGUGGCAUGCGAGUGCAUCAUCGCCGCGGCGAGCAAAGCGGAUAAAGCGAAGGCGAUUAUCUCUCAGGGGAUACACAUUUUGAAACAGCUGUAUAAGUCGGGGGAGGAUGCGAUCAGGGUGAGGGCUUUAGUGGGGCUGUGCAAACUAGGGAGCUCCGGAGGGAGCGACGCUGCAGCUAAACCGUUCGCUGACGGGUCGAACUUGAAGCUGGCGGAGGCCUGCAGGAAGUUCCUGUUGCACCCCGGGAAGGACCAGGACGUGAGGAAGUGGGCUGCGGAAGGCCUCUCGUACCUCACCCUCGACGCCGAAGUCAAAGAAAAGCUCGUCCAGGACAAACCCGCGCUUCAGUCCCUCAUCAACCUCGCCCAGACUGGAGACCAGUCCUGCCUCUACGGCGUAGUCACCACCCUAGUGAAUCUCUGCAACGCCUAUGAAAAGCAAGAAAUCAUCCCCGAAAUGGUUGAGCUCGCGAAGUUUGCCAAACAACACAUCCCCGAGGAGCACGAGCUCGACGAUUCCGACUUCGUGACGGAACGCAUCAUCGCCUUAGGCAAAGAAGGAGUGACUACGGCCCUGGUGGCCCUCAGCAAAACCGAAAGCCCCAACUCCCAAGAACUGAUAGCUAGAGUAUUCAACGCGCUGUGCAGCGAGCACGAAAUCCGCGGAAUCGUGGUGUCGCAAGGGGGCUCCAAGGCGCUGAUGACUCUUGCCCACAAGGGCACGGAAAAGGGGAAAAAGCACGCAGCGCAGGCUCUAGCACGGAUCGCGAUCACGAUGAACCCCGACGUGGCAUUCCCGGGACAGAGGACGCUGGAGGUGAUUCGGCCCCUAGUAGGGCUGCUACACCAAGACUGUUCCGGACUGGAGAACUUCGAGGCUUUAAUGGCGCUUUGUAACAUCGCGCAAAUCAGCGAGACCGCGAGGCAGAGGAUACUUCGAGAGAAAGGCUUGUCAAAAAUUGAGCACUACAUGUUUGAAGAUCACCAGAUGUUGUGUAGGGCUGCUACUCAGUGUCUCACCAACAUGACACUCUCCCCCGACGUGAUUAAAAUCCACGAAGGGAACAACGAUAAAGUCAAGUAUUUGGUGUCGCUCGCGAUGGACGAGGAUGUCGAAACGGCCACCGCAGCCUCCGGGGCUCUUGCCAUUUUAACCAGUAACAGCAAACGCUGUUGUGAAAAACUCUUCGAGUCGAAGAAUUGGUUAGAAGCUAUGCACGUUUUGCUGGCCAACCCCACGGGGAACGUGCAGUUCCGGGGUGUCACCAUCGUUAGAAAUAUCAUCGAGAGUUCCAUAGAUCUCACGAGGCAGUUAAUGGAGACCGAUGUGAUGGAGAUCCUCAUGGCUUUGACGAAAAUCCCGCCGGACGAAAACCGAGAAAAAAUCAUUCAGACGGCAGAGGAGGCGCUGAAGCUCGCCGAAAACUGGGGGGUUAUCAUGAAACCCGACGAUGAAUAGUACUUAAGAUACAAAGUGUGCCUUUUAUACCAUUUGUAUUAUCGCAAGUUAAUAAAUGAUUGUUUAAAUA